AGUUUUUACGUACUGUCGAAGGGCAACGAAAUAUAAGAUAAAAGAUUGGUUAAAAUCAAAGCGUACGUUGUCUGCCAACGGUUCAGUAAACCACAGCCGCAUCUCAAGUUCGAUCCUUUAUAGUAAAAACUCUCCCGAACGAACGAUGCUAUAAGAAUAUUUAUCUGGUCUGAUGAACAAUGCCGUAAAGUUGUUUAUCUGCAUGGUCUAAUGAACAAUACUGUUAGAGUUGGUAUUAAUAUGUCUGACCUUCAAGAGAAUACAGAUUCACCGCUUCUCGCGGCUAAAAACCCUCGCGAUGAAAGGAAAGAAGACAUCGUUAGCCAUCAAAGCGAACCUGGUCCUAGAAUGAGUCAACGUUCAAGGGUACCGACUAUUAAGGGAAAAGAAUACCAAGAUUAUCAGUUACAACGGGACUAUAUGACUGCAGUAAGAGCAUGGCGAAAACAAGCAAAUAAAGCCGAGGCGGUGUUACUAGACUCUAACGAUGUAGAACUUCUACAGCAAGAGCGAACGAAGCUUGAUUCCCGUAUGGACGAUCUUUCAGAUGCUCAUAUUAAAUACGUGUCUGAAGUUACCCCAAGCGAACAGUUUAAUUUCGAUAGUUUGUGUGAUACGCAUCGACGAAUCCUUAGUGAUUUGAAUAAAAAGAUUACCAAUUUGAAAGACGAUCGGAGUUCCGUUAGUUCAAAGCGGUCACGACGAAGCGGGAAAUCUCGAAGGUCGUUUGGAACUACAUCUUCAGCUGCCCUACUCAAGACGGAGAUGAUGGUGAAAGCAGCAAGAUUGGAAACGGAACUUAAGUUUCAUGAGAUUGAAAGAGAAAGAUCAGCUGAUUUGAAAAGACGUGAAGAUGAAUUGAAAAAACUUCAGAUGAUGAAAGAGCUUGCUGCUACGCAAGCCGAGAUUGAGGCAGUGGGUCAAGUGGAAAAUUGUUCGAACUCUGGUUUAAAUAUGGAGAACGUGUCGAAGCUCGUAGCGGAGGGAGAUUCUCAAGAGCGAGUAGAGCAGUACGUUCAAUCCCAACAAGCCCACAACCUGCAUAAAGGUCUACUUUCUGUUGAUGAGGAAAUAUCUCAGUCUGUUAUUGAUCCGAACAUUGCAAGUCAGCAAAAUUCUGCAGAACAAUUGGUCCGGGAUCAAAAUUUCCAUCCUUCUGCGAUGUCCAAGGAGGGUAUUUCCAAGAAUGUCUCUCCCAGGGGCGGUGUUACCCCUAGUGCGGUCAAGGUCUCCACGCACGAAGAUCCUAUUACAAGGUUGGCGGAUCUGCUAACAGAACGACAGGAUCAUGAUAAACUUCCACGACCUCAACCGGAAGUUUUCAGUGGCGAUUUUCUCCAGUACCCAAUAUGGAUUAAAGCGUUUGAGACAUUUAUCGAAAGAAAAACAAAGUUGUCUUCCGAACGGCUGUAUUAUUUGAGCAAAUUUACAUCGGGCGAAGCCAAAGAAGCGAUUAGUGGUCUCCUGUCACUGGAUUCCGAAGAGGCCUACGUAAAGGCUAAGAAGAUUUUGACGGACAGGUUUGGUAAUGCGUUUCUCGUAUCAAACGCCUAUAGAAAGAAGAUCGAGAAUUGGCCGAAGAUCCCCCCGAACGACGGUCCAGGUCUGAGGCGAUUCUCAGAUUUCCUUCAACACUGCAGGACCGCGAUGGAUAGCAUACAGUAUCUAAACGUUCUGAACGAUCCCGAAGAAAAUCGGAAAUUUCUCAACAAGCUUCCGACACAUCUUGUUAACAGAUGGGUUCGCGUAGUGGAUCGAAGGAUAGCAGAUGACCUUAGCGACGACGGUGAUGAAGAUAGAGCAUCACGAGUUGCGUCUGGAUCGGGUUACCCCACGUUCGCCGAAUUCUGCAAGUUUCUUAAGAAAGAAGCCAGGAUCGCUUGCAAUCCCGUAACCUUUCAACGCCUUCCCAAGAAGGAGGAACCGAACAAGAUACACAAAGCAAAGGUUUUCGCUGUCAAUAGCGUCGCGUCACAGACGACGAAUGUUCCUGAUUCAGAGACAAAGAUUAUUAAGAAAAUAAGUUGCAUAUUCUGCAAAGAAGCACACGAACUUGAUGUAUGUGAAAAGUUUCUCAAAAUCCCAUUGGUCAAGAAGAGAGAAAUAAUCGUUACUAACCGACUGUGCUGGGGGUGUCUAAGAUGGGGCCACAUAAACAGUAAAUGUCGCAGGAAGAGAGUAUGCAGGACUUGUAACGGCUUGCAUCCCACUGCUCUUCAUGGUGACAAGCGUGAACAGAAGAUAAAGGCGAGUCCAUCAACGCCAAACGUCGCAGAGUCGGAGAAAGACAAGUCGAACCAGGAGAGAACGAUUUCCAAUCGAGUUGAAGUCCACAGAACGAGCGUAUGUACCCGAUCCCUUUGUCAUUCACUGAUAGUUCCAGUUUGGCUUCAUCAUCAAAUAAACCCGGAACGUAGAGUCAUGGUUUACGCCCUUUUGGACGAGCAAUCAGAUGCCUGUUUUAUCAAGGACUCAAUAUUGAAUGUUCUUGAAGUCGACGGUCCAGAAGUACCACUUGAACUUUCCACAGUGCUCUCUCACGAAGUUAUCAAGUGUCAGAAAAUCACUGGUCUGGUUUGUCGUGGCAUCAACGAAACUGUAGAAGUAUCCCUACCGAGAACGUAUACGAGAAGUCAGAUUCCAGCCAGAUCAGAGCAGAUUCCAAGACCCGAGUCAGCCCGUAUGUGGCCGCAUCUGGAAAAGAUCGCGGAGAAAAUAAUGCCGUAUCGAAGUGAUGUAGCAGUUGGCCUUUUGAUAGGAACGAGUUGCGUACGAGCGAUAAAACCACGAGAGAUAAUCACCGGAAAUGAUGAUGAUCCUUACGCUAAGAGAACAAUUUUGGGUUGGGGAAUCGUUGGUACGGUCGAACCUGGUGAAAAUAAAGAUGUUGAGGAUAGUCAGGCAAUCGUGAAUCGAACAUUAUGCGGGGAAACCCAAGUUGGUAAAGAUAGAAAGGUGUGUCAUCUGGCUUUCAAGACCCAGACGAAAGAAAUCCUUAGCGCAAAUCAGGUGAACAAAAUGUUCGAGCUGGAUUUCAGUGAUCGAGAGAAGGGUAAAUCACUUUCGUACGAAGAUCGUUUAUUCAUCAAGAAGAUUGAGGAGGGAAUACACCAACGUGACGACGGUCAUUACGAAAUGCCUCUACCAUUUAAGGACGAGAACAUUAAACUUCCAGAUAAUAGGAAGCAAGCUUUCGCCCGCCUUCAGAAAUUGAAACAACGUCUGAAAAAGGACAAGAAAUACCACCUGGACUAUUCGAAGUUUGUUUCUGAUACCAUCAAUAAUGGGUAUGCAGAACGAGUUCCUGAAGGAGAGCUGAGUCUCAAAGAUGGUCGAGUCUGGUACCUAUCGCACCAUGGGGUCUAUAAUAGCAAGAAACCAGAUAAGAUACGAGUCGUUUUCGACUGCAGUGCUGUGUACGAAGGAGAGUCUCUGAAUCGAAACCUACUUCAGGGUCCUGACCUAACCAAUAAUCUGUUGGGGAUAUUAUGUCGCUUCCGCCAGGAUAGUACCGCCCUUAUGUGUGAUUUGGAAGCUAUGUUCCACCAAGUCAAGGUUAAUGUGGAAGAUCGUAAUUUCCUUCGUUUUCUCUGGUGGAAGGAUGGCAACUUAGACGCUGAGCCUGUCGAAUAUCGAAUGUCAUCGCAUCUAUUUGGAGCCACCUCAUCCCCUAGUUGUGCUAACGUUGGUUUGAGGAAGACUGCUGAUGACUAUGAGAAGAUCUGUGGUACCGAAGCUGCUGAUUUUGUAAGAAAUAACUUUUACGUUGACGAUGGUCUAAAAUCCGUUCCUUCACCUAGUGAUGCUAUUUCUUUGAUCGAAAGUACGGAAACCCUUUGCAAGAAAGGAGGAUUUCGUCUCCAUAAGAUUAUAUCGAACAGUCAGACAGUGAUAGACACAAUUCCACCCGAAGAUCGUGCGAAGGGUAUCAAAGACCUGGUUCCAAGUUGUGACGCGCUCCCUAUCGAGAGGGCUCUUGGUGUCCAGUGGUGUGUGGAGUCAGACACUUUUCAAUUUAGAAUUGAAUUGUCAGAUCGACCGUUGACGAGACGAGGUGUCCUGGCUACAGUCAGCUCGGUGUUUGAUUCCUUGGGGGUCCUUUCUCCAUUUGUCCUACUUGGAAAGAAAAUUCUACAGCAGUUAUGCAGGGAAGCUAAGGAGUGGGAUGAAAAAGUUCCAGAGUAUCUGGUGCCAGGAUGGGAAAGAUGGCGGAAAGAUGUCUGACUUCUAGCACAGUUGAAGAUUCCUCGGUGUUACAAACCUGAUGGCUUUGGUGAGAUCGACGUUGUCGAGUUGCACAACUUUUCUGACGCAAGUGAAGAGGGAUAUGGUCAGUGUUCAUACCUAAGGCUCAUUGAUCAUACUGGUAGAAUUUACUGCUCGCUGGUGAUGGCAAAGUCUCGUGUCGCGCCAUUGAAAUCCGUAACUAUUCCAAGGCUCGAGUUAACGGCUGCUUUGGUGAGUGCGAAAGUCGGCACUUCACUUCGAAGAGAGUUAGAUUACAACGCAAUUAACGAAAUAUUUUGGACGGACAGUAGAGUUGUACUCGGGUACAUUUUUAACAAUGUGCGACGGUUUCAUGUCUUCGUGUCAAACAGAGUGCAGCAGAUUCGUGAACUGACUUCAGUUGAUCAGUGGAGAUAUAUACCAACGAAGUCCAAUCCAGCAGAUUUCGCCUCUCGAGGUCUGGAUGCCCAACGUCUUCUCGAUAAGAGAGAAUGGUGGUUUGGUCCGGAUUUUCUCUGGUCGAAUUUUGAUCCUGAUUAUGGCAGGAUUGACGAGGACAAUAACAUCGCUGCCGUCUGCCCGGACGAUCCAGAAGUGAGGAAGUGUUCAGUUAUGAUAACGAGAACUGAAGAGCAUGCUGGUAUAGAAGAGCGUUUGAACCGUUUCUCGAGCUGCUUCAAAGCAAAACGAACGAUUGCAAUUUGCCUUCGAUUUAAGGAGAUUCUCUUGGCCCGUCUGCGAAAGAGAAAGUUAUCUGGAGAACAGUCCAGUGACUCAAGCGAGGAAAGUUCCAGAGUUAUCUCUUGUAAUCCAGUGAACGUCGAUGAACUGAACGAAACUGGAAAAGAAAUUAUACGAGCUGUACAACGAAAGUCAUUUAUCAAGGAAACGUUGUUACUUCACCCGAGAAACGUCGAAGAAUCGUCUCCGAACGUUGAAAGAGGGAAUAAAGAGAGCCAUGGGGUCCCGAAAUCCAGUUCCUUAUUUCGACUUGAUCCAAUUCUUGCGAAAGAUGGAAUUAUACGAGUCGGUGGACGGAUUAGGCGUGCGAAUAUGCCAUUGGACGUUAAGCAUCCGUGUAUCCUCCCGAAAAAGGGACACGUGACUGAAUUGAUCAUAUGUCAUUUUCAUCAGAAAGUCGCUCAUCAGGGACGUGGAAUGACCCACAACAGCAUUAGGUCUUCCGGAUUUUGGAUUAUUGGUGGUGUUUCGGCAGUUUCCAACCAUAUUUCCAAAUGUGUGAAGUGUAGGAAAGUAAGGAGCGAGUUGCAGAAACAAAGAAUGGCCGACUUACCCGAGGAUCGUUUGGAGCCUUCUCCACCUUUUACCUACAGUGCAGUUGAUUAUUUCGGACCCUGGUUGGUCAAAGAGGGACGAAGGAACGUUAAAAGAUAUGGGGUUUUGUUUACCUGUUUGGUUUCGCGUGCUAUUCACCUGGAAACGGCGAUUAGUUUGGAUACGAGUUCUUUCAUGAACGCAUACCGUCGUUUUGUUGGCCGGCGAGGACCGAUUCGUCAAUUGAGGUCUGAUCGCAGAACGAACUUUGUUGGAUGCAGGACAGAGCUUCAAGCUGCACUAAGUGAAAUGAACCAAGAGACUGUGAGGCAGAAACUAUUGAAGGAGAACUGUGACUUCAUCAAGUUUCAAAUGAAUGUCCCUCAUGCAAGUCAUAUGGGGGGCAGUUGGGAACGUCAGAUCCGAAGUGUGCGGAAUGUUUUGUCUGCCCUGCUGGAUGCACAUGGAGAACAACUGGACGAUGAAUCUUUGAGAACGUUUAUGGUAGAAGCUGAGGCGAUCAUUAACAGCCGUCCAUUAUCUUUGAACUUCGCAAGUGAACUUGAACCCCUUACACCGAACCACUUGUUGACAAUGAAGAGUAAUAUUAUCCUUCCCCCUCCCGGUGAAUUUCAGCGUGCGGAUGUCUAUUCAAAGAAACGAUGGCGUCGUGUACAGUAUUUGAUCAACGAAUUCUGGAGUCGUUGGAAGAAAGAGUUUCUUCAGUCCCUACAAACUCGUCAGAAAUGGGUACGACCCCAGAAAAACCUUAAGAAAGGGGAUAUUGUUGUCGUUAACGAUGAAGAUUUGCCUCGUAACCAAUGGAAACUCGCACGAGUCGCGGAAACAUUUCCUUCAGACGAUGCCCUGGUUAGAAAGGUUAAGUUGGCGAUGGCUGACUCCAAGUUGGAUAGCAGAGGAAGAAGAAAGCGACCAAUCUCCUACCUCAAUCGACCGGUGCACAAGUUGGUUCUACUGCUGUCGAAUGAAGAGUUUGAAGACCAGGGAUUCCCCGACGAAGGAGCCAAUGAUGACAACGAUAAGUAG